UUUGUAGCGGUGAAAAUAAAGAUCACAUCAAAUGGAUCUGCGAACAAUAGCCUCGCCUUAUGUGCUCACAUCGGGAAUUACGUCAUCGUACUCCUUCUACUACUACUAGCUCCAGUCAUUCAUUCACACAUUCACUCAUUCAUUCAUUCCACUCCCGAUUCCGAUUCCGAACGAAACCCUUGGAUUCGGCGAUGCCGCUUUAUUGUUAACAAUCAGAUCUAGAUAACUUCAUUGAGUAGCGGCGCGGCGGAGAUGGAGGGGAAUUCCGGCGGUGGUGGUGGUGGCGGAAGCGGCGGUGGAGGCGGCGGCGGUGGAGGUUCUGAUGUGGAGCUUCUGUGCAAGACGUUGCAGGUGGAGCACAAGCUGUUCUACUUCGAUCUGAAGGAGAAUCCUCGCGGUCGCUACCUCAAGAUUUCGGAGAAGACUUCUGCUACGAGGUCCACCAUCAUCGUUCCGUUCUCCGGCAUUUCCUGGUUUCUCGAUCUCUUCAAUUACUAUGUUAACUCUGACGAUCAAGACCUCUUCAGUAAGGAACUGCAGCUUGACACCAAGGUUUUUUACUUCGACAUUGGGGAGAAUAGGAGGGGCCGCUUCUUAAAGGUGUCGGAGGCUUCUGUAAGCAGAAACCGUAGCACUAUAAUUGUUCCUGCAGGAAGCUCCAGGGACGAAGGGUGGGCUGCAUUCAGAAACAUUUUGGCAGAGAUUAAUGAGGCAUCAAGGCUUUUCAUUAUGCCCAAUCAGCAGCAAAAUUCUGAAUCCUCAGAGCGUCUUGUCGGACUUUCGGAUGAUGUUGGUGCUGGCUUCAUAUCUGGUCAUAGUACACAACCUGCAACCUCUUCUGAAUUGAAUGUGGACAGGUCUGUUGAUUUACCAGCUCAGGAUGAAAUUGGAAACUUGGGGGUCUCAAAAGUUAUCAGGGCUGAUCAAAAAAGAUUCUUCUUUGAUCUUGGGAGCAAUAACAGGGGUCAUUUCUUAAGAAUAUCUGAGGUUGCAGGUUCUGAUCGUUCCUCCAUCAUCCUUCCUCUGUCAGGGCUCAAGCAGUUUCAUGAGAUCGUUGGUCACUUUGUUGAAAUCACCAAGGACCGAAUCGAGGGAAUGGCAGUUGCAAAUGUCCGCACAGUUGAUCCCCCUCAAAGAUGAGUGCUAACAUAUGGGGUUUUCUGUGACAACAAGUAGUCACUCUCGGCCAAGGUUUCGUUAGGGAAUGGGUGUUAUCGCUGUAUCUGAUUGUGCUAUUUUUAUUUUUAUUUUUCCUCAGCCUUCUCCUUCUCAUGUCAUCUUCAAUUAAUGCUUUUGAAAUAAUCCAAACACUGGUUGGUUGGUUAGCAGAAUAAAUGGAAUAUCUUGGCAAGGUCAAUAUGAAUAGGAAAUAACAAAAGAGAAAUGAACCAGAGACUUGUAUUUGUUUGGAUAGUUUGGCACCCGGUCUAUAUGUUGUAAUAAUGAUUGUUUAAUUAUUUUGCUUUGCUGCACAGUUUUCACA